CACGAUAUACAAGUAAUUUGCAAUUUGAUGUACGAUUUAUCAAAUCUUAAUCGACGCCAUUUUAGAAUCUCCAAUGUAAACAAAUGUGAAUGUGGUUCUCUCUAAAACAUGAUUAUCUAUGUUGAAAGUAAAGCCUUUCCGCACCGAACCUUUGUUGUCGUUGUCAACCAGAAUGACAAAAUUGCUCGAAUUCGAGCCCGCAUGCUGCAUAAGCUGUUCGAGAUUGGCUAUCCGGAUCACCAGUUCCGACUCCGGUACAAGGGGCAGUUCCUCAGGGAUGCGUUUACCAUAAGGGAUUAUGAAAUCAUUGACAAUUCAGUCAUCAAGAUGAUUUCCAUUUCAAAGAAAGUUAAUUCGGUGUCAGACUUGCAGUCCAUAGCAGGAUCUUCCACUGUUAACCUGGAUCUGAAUGCAAAUGAAACAACAGAUGUCAAGGCACCGCUGUACAAAGAAAUCAAAGCAUUCACCACGAGGGAGAAACUCCUGAAAGACUUCAACGGAUUGUUGUACAUGCACUUCCUGACCACCUGUCUGACUUUGAUGACCAUCUACUACUACUCCUUUCUGUGGACGUUCCCCAUGUUUAUUUUCGCUGUCUUGUUCCGUCCUCAGUACACAAGAGUCGGGGGAUACGUAGGAAAUAACACCCACUUGAGGUUUAUUUUCUGCAUCGCUUACUUUGUGGCUGCCCUUGGAACCCUGGGUGCUGCAAUCUACAUGUCUGCCGUUUCAUGGAUGACAGUUGUAAACCAUGGGUGUAAAGACUGGGAGUUUGUUGCAGAAUGCUCUCACAAGAAUGUCUUCUCUGCGAUAUUUUUUGCUAUGCAGUCUCUGCUGCUGCUUCUGUCAGCCAUUGUUGUUGGAGCCCUGUUCUUCAGCUUCAGAUUAGAGAUUGGAGAUUACAUUGAAGAAUUUUUGGUUCAGGAGAGGGAUAUUGAAAUGGUGAUGAGAGCAGCCCGUAAUGGAAGACUGAAGGAUAAGAGAACAGCAGCCUAUGAACUGGCGGCAAUGGCGGCAUCAGGAGAUGACAACAAAUUCAGAAUUGUUGCAGAAGGCGGCUUGGAGGUUCUCCUGGCUUUAGCUAUGAGUACGGAUGAGAACACACAGGAACAUGCCGUUGAAGCACUGGAUGAACUCAUCACCAUUCCCUCAAUCCAGGAUAAUUUCGUAGAGAUGGGAGGUGUGAAAGCUUUGACAGCUCUUCUGCACUCGGAGAAUUCACGCAUCAUGCAGGAAGCAGCUAAUGCCAUAUAUGGAAUUGUAUCAGAAUCAGAUGAACACAAGAGCGCUGUGGUUAUGGAUCAUGGCUUGGAUGACCUGGCUCAUGCUGCCUAUCAAGGUACUAUUACUUGUCAGAGAACCGUAGCCAGCAUAUUCCUGGAUCUAGCAUUCAACCGAGACAUCAGGAUCCAGAUAACAUCCCGAAAUAUUCCAGCCCAGGCACUGAUUCAUCUGUGUAGAAGCAAUGAUGUGGAGACCCAGAGAUACGCACUACAGACCCUGGAACUACUAGCUAUAGAAAGUUCCGACAUGAUUUGUGCUCAGGAAAAUCUGCUGGAGGUUCUUCUGGAGCUUCCUAUGAACACCAUGGAUGAGAAGCUGUACUUACUGGCUGGAAAGAUACUCCUAUACUAUGCAGAGAAUAGACCAACCUGUGAACUACUAAUGGAUCACACCAUGCUGAAAGAGUCCCUUGGAAUGUUUGCUAGAACCAAGGACCCCAUGCUACAAAAGGUGGUGGCUAAAAUCAUCUUCUUUAUGCUGGAGCCGAAAGAUCUACGUGUAAUUGCUCGGCGGCUGAAGUUGGACCGGGUUCUGGAGUACAUGAUGGAUAAUGCAGCAGACCGCGAGGUGUGGGAUAUGGCUGACCAAGGAUUACAAGUGAUGAACUCCAAAGAUGACCACACCCCUAUCCCAGCCCUACCGUCCCUCAGUACCCUGGAGAAACUCAACAAGAUGGGGGCCAAAGACUCGUUCGGCUCACGAGCCUCACUGCGCUCAGACCUAGGAUCGUCGAGCAGUUCUUCUGAUGACGUGAAGAAAGGACUCAAAUAAAACUUUUGUAGUUACUUUGAAAAUUACCAUCAAAUUUCACAUUGUUUUCAAGAUUGAUUGAAUUAAGUGAAAUGCAUUUUAUCUUAACAGAAGUUAAGAUGCAAUUUUUUUUGAAAAUACAGUAAUAUGAACGAAUCUAAAUUUUGGUAAUAUAAAAAUCGUGACAAUGAAAUUAAGAUAAUUCCUUUAUUGUUAUUUUUUAAAAGGAUAUAUCUAAAUUUCUUCUAAAAAUUUGUAAAAUAUUUACCAUAUGUACUAAAUGUACAAGUUAAGUAUACAAGUAUAAAAUAAGGUUGUUUAUAUAGAAUGUUAUCUUCUUACAUUUUCUAUUUCUUUUAAUGAUGAUGUACAGAAUUGUUAUAUUAAGUUUCAUUCCGUGAUAAUUUCAGUCUGUGAUAACAGUUUAUUGUUUUCCUUUUCUUCGUAUUUUAUCAGUCAACAAAUAAUUUUAACACAUUGAUAAUAUUUUUUAUUUUACUUUAAAUUCAUGCAACUUGUACAUAGCUUAUAUGUACAUAUAUAUAUGUAGUUUUAACUCGGUGCUUAGAUGUUCAUUUCAUAUACCUAUAGUUUGAUCUUUUUAAUGUACCUUAAACAAUUGAAUUUUGUAUUCAUGUAUUUGAAUUCCUUCCUUACAAUUUAUCUUUGUUUUAUGAUCACUUCAAGGGGCUGGUCCUCUUCUUAAAUAUAUUUGUUAACAGUUGAUUAUAACAAUAAACUGGUAUAUAUACAC